CAUGCCACUGCACAUUAUCUUCUUUUCUUUAUACAUACUGCAUCAGAUCCACAAUCUCAGAUUCAUCACUCUCAUCGUUUCUUUUGCGCCUCUUCUUAUGAUUCAUCUCUUCUGUUCUAUGCUUUCUUUCAGUUUUGUUAAUGUUGUAGCUCAUAUCACACUCAAGAUGCUAUGAUCUCCAUGCUUCUCUGUGCAGUGCAGCGGUGAUCUACAGAAAAAAAAAGUAUCCCUAGUAGAAACCAAUAAAGCAAAGGAGAGGGUCUCAAUUGUGAAGGGAGUAUGGAAGUAGUUGUCUCUACGGCGACUGAAAAUGCAAUGCAAAUUGCAGUACGUGUAGUGAAACGACAGUUUAGCUACUUUUUUAAUUACAAUGACAAAUUUGAAGAGGUUAAAUGUUACAUUGAGAGGUUGGAUAAUACUAGGAAAAGGAUACAACAUCAAGUUAAUAAUGCAGAAAUGAAUGCAGAAGAAAUUGAAGAUGAUGUUCAACAUUGCUUAAAACAGUUGGAUGAGAAGAUUGAAAAAUAUGAACAAUUUAUUAACGAUGAAUAUCAUUCAAAGACAAGAUGUUCCAUUGGUUUCUUUCCAAAUAACUUAUCGUUGAGGUAUAGAUUGGGCAGAAAUGCUACAAAAAUGGUAGAGGAAAUGGAAGCAGAAGAACUUUGGAAUAAGAAGUUUGAUGAAGUUUCCUAUAGAGUACUCCCGUCCAUUAAUGCUGCUUUGACAAACACUAGUUAUGAAAGCUUUGCAUCAAGAGAAAAAACUAUCAAUGUGUGUAUGCAAGCACUAGAAGACUCUACAAUUAAUAUGAUUGGCCUUUAUGGUGUUGGUGGUGUGGGUAAGACCACUUUAGUCAAAGAAGUUGCUAAGAAAGCUCAAGAAAAGAAGUUGUUCAAUGUGGUGGUUAUGGCAAAUAUAACAAGAAAUCCUAACAUCAUAAAAAUUCAAGGACAAAUAGCUGAGAUGUUAGGAAUGAGAUUGGAAGAGGAAAGUGAGAUCGUAAGAGCAGAUCGCAUUCGAAAGAGAUUAAAUAAAGAAAAGGAGAACACCCUUAUAAUCCUAGAUGAUCUAUGGGAUGGGUUGGACUUGAAUAGAUUGGGUAUUCCAAUAAGUGAUGAAAAUGAUGGAAGCCAACAAGAUGUCAAUGAUAUAUCUGAUUCUAGUUACGAUAAGAUGGAAAAAGAAGAGUUAUCUUCCGAUUUCAAUAACAUGACAGAAGAAAAUUUAUCUGAAGAUCAGAAAAGAUGCAAAAUUCUUCUAACAUCUAGAAGAAAACAAGUAUUGUGUAAUCAAAUGGAUGUGAAGGAGAGAUCAACUUUCUCUGUUGGAGUCCUUAAUGAAACUGAGGGAAAGACUUUGCUUAAGAGAGUGGCUGGAAUACAAAUCCAAAAUUUAGUGUAUGAUGAAAAAGCCAUUGAAAUUGCAAGAAUGUGUGAUGGGUUGCCUAUUGCAUUGGUUUCCAUAGGGAGGACACUAAAGAAUAAAAGUUCCUUUGUAUGGGAGGAUGUCUAUCAACAAAUGAAAAAGAAAAGUUUUAUGGAAGGGCAAGAACCUAUUGAGUUCUCUAUAAAGCUAAGUUAUGAUCAUCUAAAAAAUGAGCAGCUUAAGUGUAUUUUUUUGCAUUGUGCAAGAAUGGGAAAUGAUGCUUUGGUGAUGGACUUGGUGAAGUUUUGUAUUGGUUUGGGUUUAAUACAAGGAGUCCACACAAUUGGAGAAGCGAGAAAUAAAGUAAAUAUGUUGAUAGAAGAACUAAAAGAAUCAAGUUUGUUGUUGGAAAGUUACUCUAGCAACCGCUUUAACAUGCAUGACAUUGUGCGUGAUGUUGCUCUUUCAAUAUCAUCCAAAGAAAAACAAAUGUUCUUUAUGAAAAAUGGCAUAAUCGAUGAGUGGCCUCACAAAGAUCAACUUGAGAGGUACACUGCUAUUUUUUUACACUAUUGUUAUAUCAAUGAUGAUCUUCCUGUGAGUAUAUAUUGUCCUAGACUUGAAGUCCUACAUAUUGACAAUAAAGAUCAGUUUUUGAAAAUACCAGACGACUUUUUCAAAGACAUGAUUGAACUCAGAGUUUUGAUAUUGACCAGUUUUAAUAUGCCUUGUUUGCCUUCUUCAAUUAUAUGCUUAUCAAAACUAAGAAUGCUUAGUUUGGAAAAGUGCACUCUAGGACAAAACUUAUCAAUCAUUGGAGAGUUAAAAAAACUAAGAAUUCUUACUCUUUCAGGGUCUAACAUUGAAAGUUUUCCCUUUGAGUUUGGGCAACUAGAUAAACUUCAACUUCUUGACUUAAGUAAUUGCUCAAAAUUAAGUGUCAUACCUUCCAACGUCAUAUCAAGGAUCAACAUUUUGGAAGAACUUUAUAUGAGAGACACCUUGAUUCUAUGGGAGGCCAAGGAGAUGAUCCAAAAUAAAAAUGCUAGUCUUUCUGAGUUGAGGAACUUGAAUCAGUUGCGAAACCUAGACUUACACAUUCAAAAUGUUUCUCAUGUUCCACAAAACUUGUUUUUUGAUAAGUUGGAUAGCUACAAGAUUAUCAUUGGUGAAUUUAACAUGCUCACGGAGGGAGAAUUCAAAAUCCCUGACAAGUAUGAAGUGGUGAAACUUCUGGUAUUGAACCUAAAAGAAGGUAUUGACAUUCAUUCUGAAACAUGGGUUAAAAUGCUGUUCAAAAAUGUUGAAUAUUUAUUGUUGGGAGAGCUCAUUGAUGUUCAUGAUGUUUUCUAUGAGUUAAAUGUUGAAGGAUUUCAAAAGUUGAAACAUUUAUCCAUUGUAAACAAUAUUGGCCUUCAAUAUAUUAUUAACUCAGUGGAACGAUUCCACCCUUUAUUAGCUUUCCCCAAAUUGGAGUCGUUGUAUCUUUACAAAUUGUAUAAUUUGGAGAAACUAUGUAACAAUCAGCUUCUGGAGGCCUCUUUCUGCAGAUUAAAAACCAUCAAGAUUAAAUCAUGUGACAAAUUGGAAAGCCUUUUCCCAUUUUUCAUGGUUGGACUCCUUACCAUGCUUGAAAAUAUUGAAGUGUGUGAUUGCGAUUCUUUGAAAGACAUAGUUGCCAUUGAAAGACAACCCCAUACUGACAGUGAUGACAAUAUCCAGUUUCCUCAGUUACGAACUUUGACAUUAAAAUCCUUACCAGCAUUUACUUGUUUGUAUACAAAUGAUAAGAUGCCUUGUAGUGCACAAUCACUGGAAGAAAAAGGGAGAAACAGGAACAGAGAUGUUAUUGUUGAAGUUGAGCAAGAUGACACCAAUUCUUGCCUUUCACUCUUCAAUGAAAAGAUUUCGAUUCCAAAACUAGAAUCGUUGGAGUUAUCUUCGGUCAACAUCCAAAAGAUAUGGAGUGACCAAUCUCAGCAUUGUUUUCAAAAUUUGCUCACGUUAAAUGUGACAGAUUGUGAUAAUUUGAAAUAUCUAUUGUCAUUCUCCAUGGCUGUAUGUUUGGUGAAUCUCCAAAGCCUUUCUGUAAGUGAAUGUGAAAUGAUGGAGGAUAUAUUUCGUCCAAAAGAUGAUGAGGGGACUAUUGAUUAUGUUUUUCCUAAGUUAAAGAAAAUGGAGAUCACCUGCAUGGAGAAACUCAGUAGCAUUUGGCAACCCCAUAUCGGUCUUCAUUCCUUUCACAGUUUAGACUCUUUGAUAAUACGAGAAUGUCACAAACUUGUAACGAUUUUUCCAAGUUUUAUGGGGCAAAAAUUUCAGAGUCUUCAAAGCUUGACCAUUACAAAUUGCAAGUUAGUGGAAAACAUAUUUGAUUUUGAAAUGAUUCCACAAACUAGUGAUAUAAAUGAAACACAAUUGCAUAAAAUAGUUCUACAAAAUUUGUCAAAUUUAGUGAGCAUAUGGAAGGAUGACACUUGUGAAAUACUUAAGUAUAAUAAUCUGCAAAGCAUAACAGUUGCUGGAAGUCCAAAUUUAAAUCAUCUCUUUCCACUUUCGAUUACCAAUGACCUUGAAAAUUUGGAAUUUCUUGAUGUAAGGAACUGUAGGGCAAUGAAAGAGAUUGUUGGUUCUGACAAAGGUAAAAAUGAAAAUGUUAUCACCUUUAAGUUUCCUCGUCUGAACUAUGUAUCAUUACAAUCAUUAUUUGAACUUGUGAGCUUUUACGGGAGAGCUCAUACUUUGGAGUGGCCAUCAUUGAAGAGAUUGUUGAUACUAAGAUGUGGUAAGCUUGAAGGGAUCAAUACAGAUAUCUCAAACUCACAAAUGAAACCAAUUGGUUUGGCUGCGGAAAAGGUGAUAUACAACUUGGAAUAUAUGGCAAUGAGCUUCAGGGAAGUAGAGUGGUUGCAGAAUUACAUUAUCAAUGUUCACAGAAUGCAAAAUCUACAAACAGUUGUGUUGCACGGGUUGAAGAACGUUGAAGUUCUCUUCUGGCUUUUGCAUAGACUUCCCAAUUUGAAAAGGUUAACAUUGGGGUUCUGUCACUUGAAAAGGAUUUGGGCCCCUGCAAGUCUUAUUUCACGUGAAAAAAUUGGAGUUGUUAUGCAACUUCAAGCGUUGGAACUAAAAAACAUUUGGCCUCUGGAGGAGAUUGGCUUCGAGCAUGAGGUGCUUCUUCAAAGGGUAGAACGCUUAACCAUUCAACGCUGUACCAAAUUGAAAAUUUUGGCGUCAUCCUCAGUAUCUUUUGGUUACUUGACAUAUUUAGAAGUGGAAAAUUGUAUGUUGAGGAGUUUGAUGACAUGCUCAACUGCUAAAACCUUGGUUCAACUCAAAACGAUGAAAGUAAGUUCAUGUCCAAAGCUUGUGGAAAUCAUUUCAGAAAAUGAAGGCGAAGAAAUACAAGAAAUUGAGUUUAAACUAUUACGAUCCUUAGAAUUGGUUUCUCUACAAAAUCUCACAAGUUUCAUGAAUGUGGAUAAGUGUGACUUAAAAUUUCCUGUGAUGGAAAAUUUAGUAGUGAGUGAAUGUCCUAAAAUGACGAAAUUCUCCAAAGUUCAAAGUGCUCCAAAUCUACAAAAAGUACAAGUUGUAGCCACAGAAAAAGACAAAUGGUAUUGGGAAGGUGAUUUAAAUGCAACUCUGAAGAAACAUUUUACACAUCAGGUGUCUUUUGAGUAUUCAAAGCACAUGAAGUUGAAGGAUUAUCCAGAGAUGAAAGAUGUUUGUCAAGGAAAACUUGUUUUUCAAGAUAAUUUCUUUGGCAGUUUAAAAAAAUUGGAAUUUGAUGCAGCAAGUAAAAGAGAGAUUGUACUUCCAUCCUAUGUGCUACCUUACUUGAAGAACUUAGAAGAACUAAAUGUAGAGAGCUGUAAAUCAGCACGAGUAAUAUUUGACAUAGAUGACUGUGAGAUCAAGGACACAGUAUUUCGUUUAAAAAAGCUUACUUUAAAAGACUUGUCAAAUAUGAAAUGGAUAUGGAACAAAAACCCUGAAGGAAUAGCCAGUUUUCCCAAUUUGGAAGAAGUGUUGGUAAAUAGUUGUGGAACCUUGGUAACAUUGUUCCCAUCAACUCUUGCCAGAAAUCUCAGUAAGCUUAAGACACUUACAAUACAUAACUGUUGCAAGUUGGUAGAAAUUGUUGAAAAAGAAGAGGAAAUGGAAGAUGAAAUAACUGAAAUGUUUGAAUUUCCUUGUUUGUCGAAGUUGUUUCUUUGGAAUUUGCCAAUGCUUAUUUGCUUUUAUCCUAGAAAACACCAUCUCAAAUGCCCUAUAUUAGAAAGGUUGCAUGUGGCAUACUGUCGUAAGUUGAAGCUAUUCACAUCACAACCUCAUCAUAGUCUACCACAUCCUAUGUUCUUGAUUGAAGAGGUUGUUCCCAAACUGAAGGAAGUGAUACUCAAUGAGAAAAACAUUACCUUGUUGAAAGAUGGGCAUUCACCAGACCUCCUUCACAAACUGAAUUAUCUUGAUCUAGCUUCUGAAGAUUAUGAAAAUAAGAAAGAUAGUUUGCCUUUUGAUUUCCUUCAAAAGGUACCCAAUUUAGAAUAUCUUGUUGUGAGGCAAUGUUUUGGCCUGAAGGAGAUAUUUCCCUCAAAAAAACUAGAUGGUGAUCAUGAUGGGAUAUUACUAGCUGGGUUGAAUAAAUUAAGCCUAAAUAAACUUCUUGAGUUGGAGUCUAUAGGGUUAGAUCACCCUUGGGUAAAGCCUUACACUGAAAAACUUCAAGGAUUAGCAGUUAUUAAGUGCCCUCGUUUAGAAAGAUUAGUAAAUUGUGUUACAUCUUUCAUCAAUUUGAAGCAGCUGAUUGUGAAAAACUGCAAAAGAAUGAAGUAUCUAUUCACAUUUUCAACGGCCAAAAGUUUGGGGAAGCUUGAGACAUUACGCAUAGAGAAUUGUGAGUCAAUGAAAGAGAUAAUAGAAAAAGAAGAUGAAAAUGGUUAUGAUGAAAUCAUAUUUGGACGGCUCACAAAACUAUGGUUAUAUUCCCUACCAAAACUAGUCAGCUUUUAUUCAGGAAAUGACACUUUGCAAUUCUCAUCUUUGCAAAUAAUGAGACUAUUUAAAUGUCCCAAUAUGAAAACUUUCUCACAAGGAAACACAAAUGCGCCAAUGUUUUAUGGAAUUAAAUCUUCGUCGGAUUCUGAUUUAACCUUCCAUUCGGAUCUCAACAUGACAGUUGAAAGCUUGUUCCACGAGCAGGGUUUUUUCGAAUAUUCAAAGCAAAUGAUUCUAUUGGAUUAUCUUGAGAUGAGGGGAUUUGGACCUGUGAAACAUGUUUUUCCAAGCAAAUUUUUUGGCAGUCUAAAGAAAUUAGAAUUUGAUGGAGCAAGUAAAGGAGACACUGUUAUUCCAUCUAAUGUACUUCCUUACCUGAAGAGCUUGGAAGAAUUGAAUGUGCAUAGCUCUGAUGAGGUGCAGGUAAUAUUUGGUAUGGAUCAUAAUAGCAGGGCCAAGAGUAAAGAAACAGUCUUUCACAUGAAAAAACUUACUUUAAAAGACUUGUCAAAUUUGAAAUGUAUAUUGAACAAAAAUCUCCAAGGAAGUGUCAGCUUUCCCAAUUUGCAAGAACUGUUCAUUGAUGGUUGUGGAAGUUUGGUAACAUUGUUUGCGAGGAAGCUUCAGACACUUGAAAUGCAGAAGUGUGACAAGUUGGUAGAAAUUGUUGGCAAUGAAGAUGCAACAACUGAAACAUUUGUGUUUGAGUUCCCGUGUUUGUCUUCACUAACUCUUUAUAACCUAACAGAUCUGAGUUGCUUUUAUCCUGGAAAACACCAUCUAGAAUGUCCCCAGUUAGAAAUCUUGCAUGUGGCUUACUGUCCCAAGUUGAAUCUAUUCAAAUCAAAAAUUCAUGACAGUCACAGACAAACAGUUGCGGAGGCUCCAAUAAACUGGCUACAACAACAACCUCUGUUCAUGGUUGAAAAGGUUGCUCCCAAACUUAGGGGUUUGACACUCAAUGAGAAAAACAUGAUGUUGUUGAGCGAUGAACAUGUACCAGAAGUCAACCUUACCAAUUUAAAUCUUCUCCGACUAUGCUUUGAGGAUGAUAAAAAUGAGAAAGAUAGUUUGCCUUUUGAAUUCAUGAACAAGGUACUCAAUUUAGAACAUCUUCGAGUGCAGAGAUGCUUUGGUGUGAAGGAGAUAUUUCCCUCUCAGAAAUUGCAAGUUCAUGAUGGAAUUCCUGCUUCAUUGAAGGGAUUAACCCUGUUUGAACUAAAUGAGCUUGAGUCAAUAGGGUUUGAGCACCCAUGGGUAAGUCCAUACUCUGAAAAGCUUCAAACAUUAAGGGUUGUCAAUUGUCCUAUGUUGCAAAAAUUAGGGUGUCAUGCAAUGUCUUUCUUGAAUCUGAAAGAGUUGUAUGUGAAGGACUGUGAUCGAAUGGAGUAUUUGUUCACAUUUUCAACUGCAAAAUGUUUGGUGAAACUUGAGACCCUAAUUAUAAAAAAUUGUGAAUCAAUAAAAGAAAUAGCAAAUAUAGAAGAUGAAGAUGGUUGUGAUAAGAUCAUAUUUGGAAAACUCACAACAUUAAGGUUGUAUUCCUUACCUCGACUACAAAGCUUCAUAUCGGGGAAUGUCACUCUGCAAUUUUCAUAUUUAAGAAACGCAACUGUAAUUGAUUGCCCCAAUAUGAAAACUUUCGCUGAAAGAGUCCUAAAUGUGCCAAGAAUUUUGUCGAUUGAAACAUCAUUGGAGGAUUCCGAUUUGUUCCUGCAUAAUGAUCUUCCAGCUUCAAACACAGGAAAAAGCAUACUUGGAAGACUUGCCUCGUUCUACAAGCAAAGGAAUAGGUUAUGAAAAGAGUAUUUGGAAAGAAGCAAAGGGAGAUGAGACAGUAGCCAACAAAGCCACCCUACAACCAUAUCAGAGUGUUUGUUCCUCCACACUUCACACUUCAACAGAACCAAAGAUGCCAAACUCUACACAAACUUCAUCACCACACAAGGUCUUCAAGUUAAUUAUUUUUUCCACCUAGAGGUUCAAAAGUCUGCAUGCAAUUGCUAGAUUUUUCCAAACUUUGUGCAAUUAUCACUUAAAAAGGACGACAGUGCUAUGACAAUUUCGCAAGGACAUGUUUGGGAAUUCACAUGAACGUAUUUGGAUAACCAACAUCUUCAUUUCUUACAAAUCUCUUUCCUAAAUUUCAUUGCACGUAUAAACUUUUUUCUGCGUUCCUUCUUCUCA